AUCCUGGCAUCGUUCUGUUCGACCUGGCCAAAAAUCACCCAGGGGCGCAGACUCAGCUCGGGGCACCUAGCCCGUCAAAAUACGCAUGCGCGUGCGGGCAAUGCUAUAUAGUAUGGGAGGUGAUUCGUGCCAAAAUUCGACGAUGUGACGAACCCGUUUUGUUCGUCUGGAGGAGGCGUGUCUCGUCGAGCGGAGGCGCGUUUUUACGAGUGGAGUGGCGUGUCUCGUCGAGAGGAGGCAAGUUUUUUUUCAAGUGGAGAGGCGUGCCAAGUUGAGAGGAGGAAGGAGGCGAGUUUCUUCGUGUGGAGAGGCGUAUCUCCACAGUCGGGUUCCCAGAACCGCCUCCGGUCAAAGGGCAAGGACGGCGUUAAUAAGAAUAACUUCCUAGGAUGGCUAUUCAUACACGGCUAGUAUGGCUGACCUUCAAGACCGCGCACCGCGCUCUCAAGAAGCUGCUGCUGCAGCUGACAGGUCGCACUCACCAGCUGCUCUAGGUCUGACAUCCGGGCUCUCACGACGUGUGUCCAGCGCCGCAUAAACCGCGCCCCUCCCGCUGAACGAGACUCGCCUUCUCCACACUUUCGCGCUCCUCUCCACUUCAAAAAACUUGCCUCCUCCUCUCGACGAGACACGCCACUCCACUCGUAAAAACGCGCCUCCGCUCGACGAGACACGCCUCUCCACUCGUAAAAACGCGCCUCCGCUCGACGAAUCACGCCUCCUCCAGACGAACAAAACGGGUUCGUCACAUCGUCGAAUUUUGGCACGAAUCACCUCCCAUAAUAUAGCACAUCUCACGUUUGAAAAGCGCGGUUUUUGUUCAAAGCAAAGCUAGCUAGCUGAAGAGGAGAGCAGAAUAAUGAGUAGUUACCGCAACAGGAAUGAUCAAGUUCUGGCUGAGCUUCUGUCACAUAUACCAGAAGGCCCUUCUGGCUAUCUAGAUAUUGAUGCUCUGCCUUUCCUGUACCGAGUCCUCCACCAACUAGCCUCUCGCUGGAACUCUCUCUCCCUACAACUGAGUGUCAGUGGCCAGGAUGAGAUCCAACGCAAUGCCCGCAGUGCUGACAUUUGUCUGGCAGUGAGUCUGGUGGAGUGGCUACAGAGUGGCCAGGCCACCUGGAAAGCUCUGGUGGAGGCUGUCUUCAGACCUGCUGGUGGGGGACACCAGGUCCUGGCCAGAGACAUUGCAAGGAACUAUAGAAGUCUCUGUGUGUUCAAGCCAAACUGUUUUGCUGCUACUGUCGCACCUAUUGAGAUUUUCUUAGGAAUAUCAUCAGUGUCAUCAGAAGAGUCGGUGAGACUCAUACAGAAGAUGCUCAACAACUCUGUGGCUGCUCGCUGGUACCAGAUGGGUGUGGUAAUGGGGGUGCCCCCCUCUGAUCUGGAGAUAAUCAGAGAGAGUCCCGAGUACCACGGGGCAGGGGAGAGAGAAGCUGGCAUGUUCAAGGCCUGGCUGGAGAGAGGUUCUCUGCCCAGGACCUGGCAGGUGUUGGUGGAUGCAGUAGAGGACAGAGCUGGUGGCAAUCACAAAGUUUUGGCAAAAAAGAUUUCCAGUUCUCCUCUGGAAUCCUACCAAGUGGCCCCUUCUCCAGUCACCACCACCACUAGUGCAAGUCAAUCUUCCAAGAAGCCUAGCACCACAAGAUCAUUAGACUCCACCCCCAGUCUGAGAGACCUGACAGUGUUCAAGACCAGAUCGGGAGAAAAGAUUGAGAUCAUCAAGUCCCUGGCCCCAGAGUGGAAGUCAUUUGGUGUCCACCUCAACUUUGACGACAUGGGGUCCCAGCUGUCACUCAUUGAGGCUCAGCACGGCCAGAGUAACCCACAGAGCUGCUGCCGGGACAUGAUGAUCCACUGGCUGCUGGGGAAUGGGGAGGGGCCCACCACCUGGAGAACUCUGCUGGCCCUGCUGGAGGAUAGCGAGAGGGCCUACCUCGCUGAUUGCAUCAGGAGAGAACUGAUAGCUCACUAACAUAGUCACUGCUGGCACUUUCAUGACAUACAUCAUGCCAUACAUUAUGCAAUAGGAAGCUGCUGUUUUUUUGACACAAUUAUUGUAGACGCCAAUAUGUUUGCUCAGCUAAAGUCAUAUUCCAGUUGCCCAUAGGGUAGCUAUAUAUCUUUGUAUGAUGACUGAAAGUAAGAUCAAAGGAAUUCCAGCU